AUGGAUUCAGUCAAGGAUUCGCCAUAUAUAACAAACUUUGACCUCGUUCCUCCUUCGCCGACUCGUUCUAUCAACCUCGACUUUGACCACACGUCCCCGGCCUUUGACGCCUUUGAGCAGUCUCAGCUUCAGCAGCACCACUCCCAGCUUCAACAGAACCCCCUAUCGUCGCCUCCCUUCGCGCAUACACCCUCAUACAACGGAUCCUACUACAACUCACCCUACUCCCAGCACUCCGAGCUUGACUUCCCCGGCGACGAGCUCAACUUCGACCUCCUUCGGGAGCUGAGCGCCAACGCUAGCCCCAUGAACGACUACGAUCCCUCAGAAUACGACGCACCACAGACCAGCUCCCUCCUCAUGUUCACCAACGACACCGAUUUCAUGUCUCCCCACUUCUCACCAGGCCAUGUCCCCGACAGCCAUCGGACCAGGGGAUCGCCCUUCGAUCACAGCUCCCCGGCAAGCAGUGCCGGCGCCGAUAACGAUGCAAACGCGAACAACAACGCUGGACGUCACUCCAGAGCGUCCUCGGUGGCCUCCAACCACCCCUCGCCGAGUGCAGCCCCUCUAUCUCACUCCCCACAACCAGGCUUCCACAACUCCCCACGGCUAGAUGUCGCGAGUUCCUUCGGGAACAUGUCUGUACACACCCCGAACUGGGGCACCCAGCCGCUUCCCCCCGCGUCCUUAGGGCCCAAUCUCCAGGCCCAGCAGAUGCCCUCGCCCCCGAUGCAGCAGAAGCCCCAGUCACCUCCGCGACUGACGAUGCCGCAAGGUAUUAUCGAUGCUCAACAACACACGGCAGUCCCGACGAUCAAUGCUCCUGAUGGCGACGACGGCAUGAAUGGUCCCUCGCUCAAUAUUGUGCCGGCCACACCCGUUAGUGGUGGUGGCGCCCACGGACGACAGGCCGUGCCUUUCCAGCAAACACUUGCAACGUUGACGCAAGGUGCCGAACUCGGCUCGUCGAUGCUGCUAUCCUCGUCGCAGUCGGAUCAUGGGGGUGCGAGCGAGCAGGCGCGCAGCCAGUCUCAGUCGACGCAUCCAUCAAGGAACCAGUCGCCGUUCAGAUUCGAGAGCGGAACAAACAACUCCCACAACAUCUCUCCCGUACCCUCCCCUCGCCUUCCCGAUAACAACAACAACAACGCAGUUGCAUCGUCGUCUGGCAACUACAUUUUCCCUGAUGCACAGAGCCCGCCUCAGUCCCAAAUGCAACCCCAAGGACAAGGAGUGCCGCAGAGGCCACGGAGCAACUCAGAUACCUGGAGCCAACCGUACCUUGGAGGCGCUGGUGGUUCGCAGCAACAGCAGCAGCAGAAUGGGUUGGGCCUUGGUGUUGGAGGGUAUGAUUAUCAGCAGCAGCAAAAUCACCAGAUCCAGCAGCAACACCGACAACAAAUGCAAAAUUUUACGUUCGGUGGAGGCAACAAGACAGUCGGCCCUGGUGCACCUGCAAACCAUUUCCUCUCGCCACAACCCGAUAUGAUGCGGAGAUCAGUGUCUGAGAACCCACCGAGGCUGGGACGCCAUGGGCAGUCGAGGUCGGAGGAUAUCCGGUUGCCUCUACCCUCAUUCGGCGGUCCUGGUGGGCAAGGACAGCCAGGGCCGGGGUAUCAGUCCCACCAUGGUCAAUCCAACUCUAUCGGCGGCACAGCGAGCGCGAGCCAGCAGCAGCAGUACCUAUUCUCAGCCCAUGGCGAUUUCAUCCAGCAGCAGCAACAGCAACAGUCCCAGACGCCACAGUUCCUCCACCCCCUGCAUCUUCCCAACCUCAUGAACCCGAGUUCGUCCGCCGGGAGCAACUUCGGGUCUGUCUCGUCCUCGGGCGCGCUACCGCCGAUAACGCGCUCCUUAUCGCCUGGGCAUUAUCGACGGGCGUCUUCGGGCUCGAGUCGCGGUGCGGAGGUGUGGGGCACGGACGCGGGGCUCGCGCCGCCUGCGACGAGGAGGAUGAGCCCUUAUCCGAGCCCGAAUGCCAGUCCGCGCGUGCGGUACGACGAGCUCGAGGUGGAGUUGGGCGUCGGGGGUGGGAUGGAAAACAUGCUCGGAGGUCCGGCGGCGCACCAUCAACAGCAGCUUCCUCAUCACCAACAACACAUGUCUCUAGGUGGUGGUAUGUCUCUCGGGGGCGGGCUCAGCAUCUCACAGGGCGGGUUGGGCAUCGGCGGCGGCGGGCUUGGAGGCGGGCUGGGACUCACGACAGAGAUCGGCGAGCCGCCGGUUAGUGCCGGGUACAGCGAGGACGUGCCGAUUACGGGCCGCGGGGCGUACACAUCCCAUCUCGCUGCCUCGGUCACUGGUGACGGCGCUUCUUCCCACGGUGGGCAUCGACGCGCGGGGUCCUCUAACUCGAUUGCAGGCGGCGACGGCGAUGCGUCGCUCAUGGGCGGCUCGGCGAAUCAAAUCGCGAAGCAGAAUGUCACCACCGGCCGCACGAUGAACGCGUCCAUCCGCCGCCGGAAGCAGGACGCAAAUUUCGUGUGCACCGUCCCUGGGUGCGGCUCGACCUUCACGCGUGGGUUCAACCUCAAAGGGCAUUUGCGAAGCCACUACGAGCAGAAGCCGUACAAAUGCCACUGGCCGGGGUGCGGGAAGGGCUUUGCGCGCCAGCACGACUGCAAGCGCCACGAGCAGCUGCAUAGCAAUUACCGUCCGUUCGAGUGCGAGGGGUGCAGGAAGCAGUUCGCGAGGAUGGAUGCGCUGAACCGGCACCUGAGGAGCGAGGCGGGCGCGGAGUGCGCCCGGAUCGUCGAGCGCUCGAAGGGCGAAGGUGGUGGUAGCGUUGGUACCCUCGUACAGGACCCGGAGGAGAUGGAGGUACAGGAGGACGAGAAGAAGCCGCUCGUUGUGUCUGGUGGGCCGAGGAGGAGAAAUACGGGCGGAUCUGGGGGGAUGGGCGAAGAUGAAGGGUGGGGUGUGGCGCUAUAG